GAACUGUCAGCAGGGGUUCCUUACGGUUUUCCAGCAGGACGGGAUAAUCUGUUGAUCCAGAGAUUGCUUUUUGAAAGAGAGAGAAAGAAGCAUUUUUCUCUCCGUUCGACAAUGUCUUCUCCAGAAAUCGCUUCCCUCUCUUGGGGGCGGAUGACAGUGAAAGGGUGUUCUACGACAUACAAGGACUGCAAAGUGUGGCCAGGAGGCAGCCGGACGUGGGACUGGAGGGAAACCGGAACAGACCAUUUCCCUGGUGUGCAGCCAGCAGAUGUUGAAGAAGUUGUGCAGAAGGGUGCGAAAACUUUAGUGAUUGGCCGUGGCAUGAGCGAAGCCUUGCAGGUGCCAUCCUCCACUGUGGACUACCUCAAGAAACACGGGAUCGAUGUGUUGGUUCUGCAGACAGAGAAGGCCGUGAAAGAGUACAAUGCGUUGGCCACCCAAGGGGUUAAAGUGGGCGGCGUCUUCCAUUCUACCUGCUAGAGCAAGAGGCACGGCCCUGCCUCUCGCCAUCUUGUGCCUUUGGCUAAAUAAAAAAGAGCCCGUUUGGGGAUGGCUUCUGAA